CGAAAUUUACUCACGGCUAUUCUCUUGACAUCGUCAUGACUCUCUGGGUUAGCUAGCGCAGCACGAUGCACCCGCUAAACACCCAUGUUGUCAUUCCGCCACUAACGUUUCAGAUAUGAGCAACUGAGCUAAGGGACGAUUUAGGAGAACAGUCUCACAGUUGUGGUGAUUAUGGACGCACAAAUUUCACCCAUUCACUCCGUGACAACGCGUUAAGUUUGCGAGCUGCUGGAGUUACCGUUAAGGCUAAAUGUCAACAUAGAUUAGCUAACGUUAACUGUGCUGCUCGACUGAGCUGCGCAUGCCACCUGUGAUCAAAUUUAAGAAGUACCCUCUCUUUUUGAGACACCGAUCGAACAACAUCGCCCGUCAGGAUGAGGAUUUUAAGGUUUCUGAGGAGCAGCGUGUCCAUAGGAAAGGACAUUGACUAUUAUUCCAAAUUUUCACCCUCCCCUCUUUCAAUGAAGCAGUUUCUGGAUUUUGGCUCGGAAAAUGCCUGCGAGAAAACGUCGUUCGCCUUCCUCAGACAGGAGCUACCUGUGAGGUUGGCAAACAUCAUGAAAGAGAUCAACCUGCUGCCUGACAACCUACUAAGGACUCCGUCUGUCCGGCUGGUCCAGAGCUGGUACAUGCAAAGUUUUCAGGAGAUCCUUGAGUUCAAAGACAAAAAUGCAAAUGAUGAGAAAGUCACAUAUGAUUUCACAGACGCGGUAAUAAAAAUCAGAAAUCGGCACAAUGACGUCAUUCCCACCAUGGCUCAGGGAGUCGUGGAGUACAAGGAGACGUACGGCACAGACCCAGUCGUCAGCCAGAACGUUCAGUAUUUUCUAGAUCGUUUCUACAUGAGCAGGAUAUCCAUCAGGAUGUUGCUCAACCAGCACACUCUCCUGUUUGGUGGGAAGGUGAAGGUGAACCCAGCACACCCCAAACAGAUCGGCAGUAUUGAUCCGCUUUGUCGUGUCAGCGAGGUUAUCAGAGAUGCCUAUGAAAACGCACGAAACCUCUGUGACCGGUACUACAUGAACUCUCCUGAGCUCAUACUGGAGGAAUUCAAUGUCAAAGAGCAGGAAAAACCCAUCGGUGUGGUUUAUGUUCCGUCUCAUUUGUAUCAUAUGGUGUUUGAACUUUUUAAGAACGCCAUGCGGGCCACCAUGGAGUUAUACGGCGAUGCCAUGGAGUAUCCUCCUAUCCAUGCACAUGUCGCUCUGGGAACCGAAGACCUGACUGUCAAGGUGAGCGACCGUGGAGGAGGCGUGCCGCUCCGCAAGAUCGACAGGUUGUUUACCUACACGUACUCCACUGCUCCUCGGCCCAGCAACGACGGCUCCCGCGCUGCUCCUCUGAGCUUUCGGCCACAUCGGACAGUCUGCAUGAGUGGAGUUUGCUCAGUGGCGGUUAGGGUUAAAUCCACAGCACCUUUAAGCACUUCAGUCAUUUUCAGUUCGUUCUUGACCUUCGGAAGAGCUGGUUACGGGUAUGGCCUGCCCAUCUCUCGGCUGUACGCCCGGUACUUUCAGGGGGAUCUGAAGCUGUACUCGCUCGAGGGUUAUGGAACUGACGCUGUGAUCUACAUUCGGGCACUCUCCACAGAGUCCAUUGAGAGGCUCCCCGUGUACAACAAGUCAGCCUGGAAACACUACAAGACGAUCCACGAGGCCGACGACUGGUGCGUCCCCAGCAAAGAGCCCAAAGACAUGACAACAUUUCGCAGUUUCUAGAUCCGAAUGGCAGCGAUCCUGUAGCACAGUGUGCAAGAGAACAGGUGUGUGUGUGUGUGAUGGUUCAGUUCAGAAGUCUUUGUACAGAAAGUAAAAAGAAUAAUAGAACAAAGUUUUAGUGCCAUAUAUUUUAUGUAGACAUUAGACUAGGAGCACCAGCCCUCGAUUUAAGGGAAAAAAACCAAAAAAACAAACCCUGCUUAUUCAUUCUGAUACUUUCUGCUAAUGACAACUGGGAGCAACCAGGACUCGGUUUCUAGAAAGUCAUAUCACUGUUCACAGCACAGAACAUAAACAUUUUCAUUAAAUGAAUUAAAUCCCUGAAAUAUGGUUAUUUAAGAUAAAAAAAAAAAUCCCAGCUGACUCAGCGCCCUCUGGUGGGCACAUUACGUAAUGUUUCCAUUUCCGAAGUACCUCAAACUUAUUUUCUGGACUGCAAUUUGUUACGAGCCAUCAUCAAAGUAACAAUCUGUGUAUCUGCAAUAAGCUAAAAUCGGACUAUGUGUUACUCAGUUGAAAUGUCUUUUAUUUUUUUAAAAAAGCUUUUAGAGCAGCAAAUAAGACUCCUUCAAUGUAUGAACUCUGUAUUGACUCGUUGCUUUUAGAUUUUAAUCUGCUGGUUCACAGCUUUUCCUUAUUUGCUUAGCUGCUUUUAUUUAGCUUGAAGUUGAUCUUCUCAGUCUGCUCUUUUUGCCCUGUGUGAAGAUGGAUGCUCCCUAAGAAAAGGAAAUCUUGUUACGCAGUUAGCUGCAGCGUCUUUUUAAACGUGUUACAAGUUUCAGAAGCCUGUUUUGGUCCAAAUGUUUUUAAUUUGGGGCAUUUCUUCUUUAGCUCGAUGAUGUAUACAAACAACAUGUCUUUGGGAAAAAAAAAAAGGUACUGAUGGAUUUUUUUCCUUAACAUCACAGCUUACUGAAAAAAAAAGGUAAAUUAGGUGCUGAAAAUCUGAAACGAGAUGAAACUUUUCCACAAGCUGUUACAGUAUAAGUAAAAUACAUCUUUUGGGUUUCUGUUAAAUAAGCUGUAGUUCUUAUUUUCCAUGUUACACUAAAGCAGUUAUACUAUACUAUCAUGUGUAGUAUACAAUAAAUAUUUCAAACAGAUAA